AUGUGGCUUGUGUGGAUGGUGCCGCCUUCCUGUUGUGCUGAGGUCCCCGCGCUCAUUCGUGACUCAGGUGCCGGUCCGUCGGGACUGGUCGCCGCGAAGACACUUCUGCACGAUGUCGCUCCAGGCUACUUCAAUGUCACCAUUUACGAUGCCCAGUCACGCGUUGGUGGACUGUGGCCACUCUCAAAAUUCGAUACCGCGGGACUUGUGCACCCGCUGAUGGUGGCAAACCAGAGUAAGCACACGAUGCAGUUCAGCGACCUCGCGUGGGACGAUGCUACACCCCAGAUGCCAAAGGCCUGGCAGGUGGGUCAGUACCUUGACCGCUAUCUGAAGAGAUACGGAGGAGCAGACGUGCGGCUCGGCCACAGGGUAGUGCAGACGGAGUUGCAAGAUGGAGGCGCAUGGAAGGUCCAGACCGAGUCUGACCAAGGACCCGAAACCAGCUUGUUCGACUACCUGCUUGUGACGACAGGGUUCUUUGGAACGCCAAUAUGGCCCGACUACAUACCAAAGGACGCGGAAAUACCCAUCAUGCACAGCAGCAAAUACAGAGAUCUCAAGGCUUUACUGUCCAGAACCAACGGUCAGGGGGGAAGGAUACUUGUUGUGGGCGGACAAAUGUCUGGUGUCGAGAUCGCCGGCACUAUCGCUACACAUCUGUCAUCCGCUGCGAAUUGUCCUGGAGCCAAGCCUAUCCAAAAUCCAGAAAAGUACUCGAUACAUCAUGUGGCACAUCGACCGUCUUGGGUAUUUCCGUUGUUCACCACAGCAAAGGCUGACGCCUCUGCGCCGCCUUUCCUGCCGUGUGACCUGCCUUCCUACAAUCAAGCCGUCCGGCCUCAACCCCUUGAGAAUAAUCAGGGCCAUAUCAGCGUCGACUCGGCCAAGCAUCUUAACUCUGUCUUUCAAUUUGUUCUCGGAACCGACCAGGCCGAGUUCUCUCCUAACCUCAGAUUGCACGGCGACAGCCUGGAGCAACAGCCCUUCCUCGCUAUGAGCUCACAUUAUGCUGACUUCGUCAGAUCCGGACUCAUUAUACCCAGUAUCGGCAAGGUGACUUCAUUGUCAGGCGACACCGCUACGGUGUCUCCGGGAAACCGGGAGAUCGGUGAUAUCGCGGCCGUUGUUCUGGCCACUGGUUUCGAUCCCGCUCCGUCUGUGGCUUUUCUACCAGCAGAUGUACUCGGUACCAUUUCAUAUGAUCCUUCUCAGCCGAGUCUGCCUACAGGUCUAGCGUUUCAUGGCACUCAACAUCCUUCCUUGCCCACUCUAGGCUUCAUUGGGUUCUAUCGUUCACCUUAUUGGGGCGUCAUGGAGAUGCAGGCGCGGUUCAUGGCAAAGUUGUGGACGACCCCAGACCACUCUGCAGUCCUCAAAGAGGCACUGCGAAGAGAUGAUUCCAUUUCGCGGACGCUGACUUUAAGAUCAGAUCCAAGAAUGUCUCAGUUCCCUAUGGGUGAUUACCAGUGGCUGAUGCAGGAGUUUGCAAAGGCAUUGGAGAUCACGAUAUCAGACCCACUAGAGAUACCGCCACUGGGGAACGACAAGAGCAUGGACAUCAUUACACCUGCUCGGUACGCAUAUCCGGGGGUCAAGGAUGCGCAGCUGGUCGAGAUAAAGAAAAACUUGACUUCAACGCAAGAAACCGCUAUCGUAGGUCUCACGAAAGCCAAGUUCGUUGCCCAUGCGGUCUUCAGGUCGCUGCUCGGGGAGUGGAGGCUCGAGCGUGACCUUUCGUCUCGUCUCCCUUCACACCCAAGCGGGAGAUUUGUGGGGACCGCCAAGUUCCUCCUCCGCGAAGGAACGACCGACGGCAGAGAAGUCCCAGAGGAUGGUGACUUGGGUAUGGAGUAUCUAUACAUUGAAGACGGCGACUUUACCGCCAGCAAUGGGAUGACCUUCCGGGCGACCAGACGCUAUGUCUGGCGUUACGACGAAACUCGCGAUGUGCUCAGUGUGUGGUUCGCCAAGACUGAUGACAACAUGAGAGCAGACUACUUGUUCCACGAGCUGGAGUUUAUUGUACCCACCGAAAAUGAUGGGAAGGGAUGGAAGGCCAAGGCGAGCCAUCUUUGCAUUGAGGAUCUAUACGAUGUGCACUAUGAUUUCUUGUUUAAGGCUGUCAACUUGAAGGAGUUCAGGCUGGGAUAUACUGUCAAGGGUCCCAAGAAGGACUACACCAUUGCUGGUGUUUAUCGGAGGGCCGAGACUUUGGUUACUCUGUGA